AUGAGCACCCAAGACGACGGCGUCCCGACCGAGGGCUCGCGCAAGUACGCCAUUAUCGUGUGCGUGUUCGCCGCGCUGGGCGGCCUCUUCUUCGGCUACGACCAGGGCGUGACCUCGGGCGUGCUCAUCAUGGACUCGUUCAUCAAGGACUACUGCGUCGGCUGGCACAACUUCACGUACGAGCAGUGCAUCGCCUCCACGUCCGCGCUCCCCAGCGAGUGGACGGACUUCACCGUCUGGUACAACAUGGCGUACAACCUGGGCUGCCUCGGUGGCGCCUUCGUCGGCGGCUUCGUGGCCGACAAGCUCGGCCGUCGGGCCACCAUCUUCUGCGCCGGCCUGCUCUUCUGCAUCGGCACGUCGUGGGUCACCUUCAACAAGGCCGGCGAGCACGGCCUCAUGUACAUCGCGCGCGUGAUCCAGGGCUUCGGCGUGGGCAACUCGUCCUUCUCGCUGCCGCUGUUCGGCGCCGAGAUGGCCCCCAAGGAGCUGCGCGGCCUGCUCUCGGGCUUCAUGCAGAUGACGGUCGUCAUCGGCCUCUUCCUGGCCAACGUCAUGAACGUUAUUGUGCAGGACCACAACCGCGGCUGGCGUACCACCAACGGUGUGGCCAUGGCGGCGCCGAUCGUGGUCAUGCUCGGCAUCUUCUUCGUGCCCGAGAGUCCUCGCUGGACCUACAUGCACAAGGGCAAGGACGAAGCCGAGAAGAUCCUCAAGCGCCUUCGUAUGACGGACAACGUGGGCCACGAGCUCCAGGCCAUCGGCGACCAGGUCGAGGAGGAGCUGUCCGCCAACAAGGGACUUAUGGAGCUGCUCGAGCCGUCCAUCCGCAAGCGUGUGAUCAUCGCCAUGCUGCUCCAGGUGCUGCAGCAGGCCACAGGCAUCAACCCCAUCUUCAGCUACGGCGCGCUCAUCUUCAAGGACAUCACCAACGCUGGCAUCUACGCGGCCUUCUUCCUCUCGGGCGUCAACUUCCUGAGCACCAUCCCGGCCAUGCGCUGGGUGGACACUACGGGCCGUCGUAAGCUUCUGCUCAUCGGCGCUGUGGGCAUGGUCGUCGGCCACCUGUUCGCUGCCAUCCUGUUCACGGUUAUCUGCGACGGCAACGUGGACAACGCGGGUUGCCCCAAGGUGGGCGGCUGGUUCAUCGCCGUGGGCACGGCCUUCUUCGUGUUCAACUUCGCCAUCUCGUGGGGGCCCGUGUGCUGGAUCUACCCGGCCGAGAUCUUCCCGUUGAGCAUGCGCGCUACGGGCGUGACGCUCUCGACUGCGGCCAACUGGGCCAUGGGCGCCGUCAUGACGGAGGUGGUCAAGCUCUUCCCGCACCUCAACAUCAACGGCGUGUUCUUCCUGUUCGCGGGUCUGUGCUGCAUCUGCGGCGUGUUCGUGUACUUCUUCUGCCCGGAGACCAAGGGCAUCUUGCUCGAGGACAUCGAGGCGCUGUUCGACAAGGGCCACGCCAAGUCGCCCCACUUCGUCGAGGUCAAGUCCCCCAUCGAGAAUGCUUAAGUGCAUCCAAGUGAAGCAACAAGCGCACCUCCAACUUGCAGAGCUGUUGUAGUUGAAGACAGUCAUGUUAAUCCUUCCUUUGUUUCCACAACAUGUAAAUGAAGUU